AGGCGGCGGCAGCAGCUGUGGCGGCGGCUGAGGCAGGCGUGGGGACGAGGCUGUCGGCAGCCGAGCCGGGCCGGGCCAGGCCGGAGGAAGAUGCUGCCGGCCACGCUGCCCCUCCUGGGGAUGCCCCUGCCCGGGGAAGGGGCGGGAGUGGCCGACGGGGCCGCCGGAGAGCCCGUCCUGCCCCCUGCGGGCUUGGCGCUGUUGCGCUGGCAGUGGCACGAGGUGGAGGCGCCCUACCUGGUGGCUGUGUGGAUCCUGGUGGCCAGCUUGGCCAAGAUCGUCUUCCACCUCUCCCGGAAAGUGACUUCUGUUGUCCCUGAGAGUUGCCUGCUGAUCUUGCUGGGUUUGGUGCUGGGGGGCAUUGUCCUGGCUGUGGCCAAGAAAGCAGAGUACCAGCUGGAGCCAGGCACCUUCUUUCUCUUCCUCCUCCCUCCUAUUGUACUUGACUCGGGCUACUUCAUGCCCAGCCGGCUCUUCUUUGACAACCUGGGAGCCAUUCUCACCUACGCCGUGGUGGGCACACUGUGGAACUCUUUUACUACAGGAGCUGCCCUUUGGGGCGUCCGGCAGGCUGGGCUGAUGGCUCCCACUGUCCAAGCUGGCUUGCUUGACUUUCUGCUCUUUGGAAGCCUGAUCUCUGCUGUGGACCCUGUGGCUGUCCUGGCUGUCUUUGAGGAGGUGCAUGUCAACGAGACCCUCUUCAUCAUAGUAUUUGGCGAGUCGCUGCUCAACGAUGCGGUCACAGUGGUGCUGUAUAAGGUGUUUAACUCUUUUGUGGAGAUGGGCUCAGUCAAUGUUCAGGCUAUUGACUAUGUGAAAGGAGUCGCCUCCCUCUUUGUGGUCAGUCUGGGCGGGGCAGCCGUGGGCUUAGUUUUUGCCUUCCUCCUGGCCCUGACCACACGUUUCACCAAGCGGGUCCGUAUCAUCGAGCCUCUGCUGGUCUUCCUCUUGGCCUACGCUGCUUACCUCACAGCGGAGAUGGCCUCGCUCUCCGCCAUCCUUGCGGUGACAAUGUGUGGUGUGGGCUGUAAGAAGUAUGUGGAGGCUAACAUCUCACACAAGUCCCGUACGGCCGUCAAGUACACCAUGAAGACGCUAGCCAGCUGUGCCGAGACGGUCAUCUUUAUGUUGCUUGGCAUCUCCGCUGUUGACUCCUCUAAGUGGGCCUGGGACACUGGGCUGGUUCUUGGUACCCUGUUCUUCAUCCUGCUCUUCCGUGCCCUCGGUACUGCGUAUAGUCUGCAGACAUGGGCGCUGAACCAGUUCCGGCUGGUCCCUCUGGACAAGAUAGACCAGGUGGUGAUGUCCUACGGGGGCCUGCGAGGGGCUGUUGCCUUCGCUCUCGUCAUCCUUCUGGAUAAGACCAAGGUCCCCGCCAAGGAUUACUUUGUGGCAACGACCAUCGUGGUAGUCUUCUUCACCGUAAUCGUGCAGGGUCUAACCAUAAAGCCUCUCGUCAAGUGGCUAAACGUGAAACGAAGUGACCACCAUAAGCCCACCUUGAACCAGGAGCUUCAUGAACAUACCUUUGAUCAUUUGGCAGCUGUAGAAGAUGUAGUUGCACAUGGCUAUCACUACUGGGGGACAGAACCCAGAUAUAUCCUCCUCUCAAGGUGGGAACAAUUUGACAAGAAAUACCUGAGUCAACUGCUGAUGCGAAAGUCUGCCUACCGAAUCCGGGACCAGAUCUGGGAUGUGUACUAUAAACUCAAUAUCCGAGAUGCCAUCAGUUUUGUGGACCAGGGAGGCCAUGUCUUAUCCUCAGCGGGGCUCACACUACCCCCUCCAUGCCUAACCGUAAUUCCUGCAGCGGAGACCUCUGUCACCAACCUGCUGCGGGAGAGUGGCAGCGGCGCCUGCCUGGAUCUACAGGUGAUCGACACAGUUCGAAGUGGCAGGGACCGGGAGGAUGCCAUCAUGAACCAUCUGCUCAGUGGAGGCCUGUACAAACCCCGUCGGAGGUACAAGGCUAGCUGCAGUCGUCAUUUCAUCUCAGAGGAUGCCCAGGCCCGGCAGGACAAGGAAGUAUUUCAGCAGAACAUGAAGCGGAGACUGGAGUCCUUCAAGUCGACCAAGCACAAUGUGUGUCUCUCUAAGAACAAGCUGCGGCUCCGGAAGGCUGGCCGGAAGAAGAAGGAUGGUUCAGCAGACAAAGACACUCCUAAUGGGAAACCUCACCGAGCCUCGAACUUACCGGACACAGCUGCAGUGAUCUUAGGAGUGGAGUCCGAAGAGGAAGAAGAAAGUGACAGCUCAGAGUCAGAGAAAGAGGAUGAUGAAGGCAUUGUCUUUGUGGCCCGGGCCACCAGUGAGGUUUUCCAAGAACACAAGGUGCCAGGAUCUAUGGAGGUGUGCCCCAAGCCCUGCGAAAUCAUCCCCCCUUCGCCAACCUGUGCUGAGAAGGAGCUGCCCUGAAGAGUGGGCAGGGGGGACCUGGCAGUGUAUGUGUCAUCGGAGACCACCAAGAUUGUGCCUCUGGACAUGCAGACCGGUUGGAAUCAGAGCAUCUCAUCCCUGGAGAGCCUGGCAUCUCCACCCUGUGCCCAGGCCGCCCUGAGAGCAGCCCGCCCUCUGGCCCUGCGCCCCGCCCCGGGCGGCGAGCUCCGGGACCCGCUGGCUGCCCUCGUUACUCCAUCACCUGACCCCCAUGCUGGCUUCACCUUCACCCCGAGUCUUGCCAAGGCAGGCCGCUCGCGGAGUGAGAGCAGCGCAGAUGCCCCCGAGCAGCAGGAACUGCAGCCGCUCAUGGCUCCAGAGGACACGGGUGCCUCAGUCCCAGGCGCUGCCAAUGCCCGGUGGCUUAUCCAGUUCAACAGAGUGGUAGUCUGUAGCCUUGAGACCUGAGGGGCUGGGGAGCGGGGGUUUGAGGGAAGGGAGGGAAGGACGGAAAGAAGGAAGAAAACGAGAGAGUACCUGUAUGGUGUUUAGAGAAUGUACUUGGCAGGGGCAAGGUCACUGGCUGACUUGGGCUGGAGUACCAGUCACCCCCAGAGGUGCGGAGGCAGAGGCGACCCUCCUCGACCACCUCAACCCUCACCUUCUUCUUCACAAUUCCAGAUGAAGAAGAGAACAAGGAGCUGAAAGCUGAGGUGCUUGGGGCCCUUGGGUGAUUGAUUGGAUCUUUCCUUCCACGUUUCUCUUGGGGCAGUCCCUUAACACCAGCCCUGCUCAGAGGGCUGAUCCUCACCCCAGCUGCCCUUUGCUUCUGAUCCUUUCCUCCUGGGUUACCAGCCCUCUACCCCCAGCCCCCCCUUAGACUGAGGGAACCCUUGAAGAACCCCCUUCCCAACUCUGAGCCAGGUUGGGAAGGAUCAGAGGUUGGCCUGGGAAUCCCCUGAGCCCCCUGCCGGUUGGGGUGUCUCAGCAUUGGGAACCUGAGGCUUCAUCUGCCCACUCUCACUUCCCCUUCCCCCACUGCU